AUGAUAACAGCAUUAUUCAUAUAUGACAACAAAGGAGAUAUACUAAUAUCAAAACUAUAUAGAGAUGAAAUCAAAAGAAAUAUAGCAGAUGUAUUUCGAAUACAAGUAAUAAAUCAAGCCUCAAUUGGAAAGUCAAAUCGAGAUCAGAGAACUCCGGUAUUAACUUUAGGUUCAACUUCAUUUAUAUAUAUAAAACUGGGUAAUGUUUGGAUAUGUGCUGUUACAAGAUCCAAUCAAGAUUGUUCACUAAUUUUGGAAUUUUUAUAUAAAUUAGAAUCAUUAUUAUGUAUUGUAUUGUGGGAGGAUAAUAAUAAUAAAAAGAAACAACAACAAAAUCAAAAACCAACGUUAUCAGAUACCGCGAUUGUAAAUAAUUUUCCUUUAAUCUAUGAGAUACUAGGAGAAGUAUGUGAUUUUGGGUAUCCUACAAAUAUGGAUAUUGAGUACCUAAAAAAGUAUGUUGUUGGGUUAAGCGAAUCAAACGUCACAAAUAUUUUCAAGAAAGCAAAUUUUAACCCAUUGAGUCAAUUAAAGAAAAACACACCACCCACAAAUAAUAUAGAAAAUCAUUCAGUAACUUGGAGAGCAUCAAAUAUAAAAUAUAGAAGAAACGAAAUAUUUUUAAAUGUUGAAGAAAAAUUAAACAUUUUGAUGAAUGCACAUGGUGAAAUUUUACGAAGUUCAAUAGAUGGAGCAAUCAAAAUGAAAUCUCAUUUAUCAGGUAUGCCACAAUGUAGAUUUGGAUUUAAUCAAAAUACAAUUUUUUUACUGAAUUAUGAUUCACAAGAUGAUGAAAGAAAUUCAAUAGUAGCAUUAGAAGAUUCAAAAUUCCAUCAAUGUGUCGAAUUAAGUGCUUUUGAAAAUGACAGAACUAUUCAAUUUAUACCGCCUGAUGGAGAAUUUCAAUUAAUGAGCUAUAAUUGUUCAAAUAAUACAAAUAUACCAUUCAAGAUAUACCCACAAGUUUCAGAAUACAAAAAGAAUAAAGUACUAUACAAGAUUAAAUUGAAAAGUUUCCAACCUCCAAAAUUAGCAGCAACAGAUUUCAAAAUCAAGAUCCCCACACCUAAAAAUGUCAUAUCAACAAAUUUUUUAACAUCAAAUGGUAAAAUCAAAUAUCAUCCCGAAGAAAAUUCAAUGAUUUGGAAAUUCAACAAAAUUUACGGUGAUGCUGAAAACCUAUUAACAGCGGAAGUAGAACUUCAAUCUCAAUCAAACCAAAAUUUUAGUCAAUGGAAUAGACCUCCAAUUACAAUUGAUUUUAAUUUAGAUAUGUGGUCAAGUUCGGGGUUAAGUGUAAAAUAUUUAAAAGUACAAGAAAAAUCUAAUUACAAAACUGUUAAAUGGGUAAGGUAUACCACUAAAUCAGGUUCUUAUGAAGUUAGGUAUUGA